UCCCCUCGCUCCUCCUUUUUAGAUAGACUUCCAGAUGACUUACGCAUAGAUUCAUAGUGAUCGCCCAAACACUAGCUGCCAACGGAGCCAAGGUCUACAUCACAGGACGCCGCGUCGACGUCCUUGAGACAAGCGCGCACGUCCACGGCACUCCGGAGAGACUCGGGGCGGACGGGGGCAGUAUCGUGCCGCUUGCCAUGGACGUUACGUCGAAAGAUAGCGUCAAGGACGCCGUCGCGGUAAUCAAAGAGAAGGAGGGGUUUGUUAACAUUCUCGUCAACAACGCCGGGGUGUGGGGCGGACGAACGAGCGCGAGCGCGCAGGACGGGCCGGACGCUUUUAGCGAGGCCAUGCUGGCUGAGGAUAAAGAAGGUGCUUGGCAGAGAUCAUUCGACGUCAAUGUCACCUCGCAAUACUUCGUCACGGCCGCGUUCCUACCCCUCCUUGCUAAGGCGAUCUCGGGCCCGACGGGAAGGGUGGGCAGCGUGAUUAAUAACUGCUCGAUGGCUGGGUUGUUGCGGAUGUCGCAAAACCGCCAGUUCCCUUAUAACGUUAGCAAAGCCGCGUUCAUACAUCUCACACGCCAGCUCGCGUUCGAAUUUAGCCACGAGCAGGUGAAUGUUCGAGUCAAUGGGCUUGCUUUAGGAUACUUCCCAUCCGAGAUGACGACGGGCGAGUCGAACGCCGAGAACGAGAGCACGGAGUCAAACGAGGACUUCGGGAAGUUCCUUAAGAGCAUGGGCGUUAGGAUACCCACCCGCAUGGGGACGCCGCAGGAACUUGCUAGUGUCGUGCUGAUGCUUGCCACGAACGACUUCGUCUGGGGUACUGUCAUGAUUGUCGACGGCGGGUUUACCUUGGCGGUUCCUGGGAAUAUGUGAGCUAAGGAGUAGUAGGAAUAAUGACUUUGUAUGGCGAAGAAGAAAAAAAGGGGAGAUUGGAUGUGAAUCGAACCUGCGUGGAAACAAAACGAGAUUACCAAAUGACACGGUGAAUCAUUUCGCGCUGUAGAGCCGCAACCAUAACUUAGGUGGAUGUCCACAGCGCACCACUUUCCCAUUGUGCCAUUUGGUAAUCUCUGCAAAGUGAUCAUUUGUCUAUCUAUAUAAACCUACUACACGUUGUCAGGUGUCAGUUGCCUUAGCAACUAGCCGUGACCAAAUGACCAUGUUCCUACAUUCUAC